GGAGCGAGGGGCUGGAGCGGGAGAAGGAAGAAGAAGGAAGGGGCGACCGGUCCCGGGCCGAUGUUCCAGGUGAGCAGUCCGCCCCCCUCUCUCUGCGACGCGCCCCAUGGAGCCCCCAGCGCCGCUCCGGACCCAGUGCAGUCCGCGCCCCUCCUGCCCGGGCUGGAGGUAGUCACCGGAUCGGAGGUGGAGGAGGAGGAGGAGGAGGAGGAGGCGACACCCCCCAUGCCCCGAGGCCGUGGCCCCGGGGCUCCCCAGCCGCCGGACAGCACUGACCUCCUCCCCACGGAAGCUGUGACGAGCCAGCCUCAGGGGAACCCCUUGGGCUGCACCCCAUUACUGCCCAACGGCUCCAGCCACCCCUCGGAACUGAGCGGCGCGGGGCAGGUGGGCAAUGGGGCACUGGGUGGUGCCAAGGCCCACCGGAAGCUGCAGACGCACCCCUCGCUGGCCAGCCAGAGCAGCAAGAGAAGCAAACACAGCACCAAGUCGGCUGCCUCCCAGAUCCCCCUCCAGGCGCAGGAAGAUUGCUGCGUCCACUGCAUCCUGUCCUGCCUGUUCUGUGAGUUCCUGACGCUCUGCCACCUGGUGCUGGACUGCGCCACCUGCGGCUCGUGCAGCUCGGAGGACUCGUGCCUCUGCUGCUGCUGCUGCGGCUCGGGCGAGUGCGCCGACUGCGACCUGCCCUGCGACCUGGACUGCGGCAUCCUGGACGCCUGCUGCGAGUCGGCCGACUGCCUGGAGAUCUGCAUGGAGUGCUGCGGCCUCUGCUUCUCCUCCUGA